CUCAUAUUAUGCCCCACCUCCAGCUGGUUAUUCAAAUCCACGAGCACCGAUUCCCCAGACACAUCCCAUAAAUUAUGGACAGCCACCUUAUGUUCACAGGCCAACUGAGGCCCCUCCUCAUGCCCAGCAUCCUCGUCCUGCAUAUGGUCAGCCAGUUUUCCCUCCCAAUUAUGGUCAAUCUCGAUAUCCACCUCCAACUCACGGCCUACCUCCACAUACCAUUCCCCAACAAACACAUCCUGGAGCAAUACCACAGCACUAUGUAUCUUCCUAUUACCGUCACCCUCACCCAACGGCAGCA